GCAUGUUCAGAGCGCGCCGCCCGCUUCGGCGCUCCAUAGCCACGCCCAGUGGGCCCGCAAGGACUGCCGGGAGGGCGCCCAUCUUCUUUGAGCGCGUUAGUUAGGCCGGCGGUGCUGAGGAGUGUGAAGGUCUUCGUUGUUGUUAGUGAACCUGUGGCGCGCGUGCGGGACCACGGCCUUAAAGAUUAGCCACAAUGGCUGAAAAUGGUGAUAAUGAAAAACUAGCUGCUCUGGAGGCCAAAAUCUGUCAUCAAAUUGAGUAUUAUUUUGGAGACUUCAAUUUGCCACGGGACAAAUUUUUAAAGGAACAGAUCAAAUUGGAUGAAGGCUGGGUACCCUUGGAAAUAAUGAUAAAAUUCAACAGGCUCAAUCGCCUAACAACAGACUUUAAUGUAAUAGUUGAAGCAUUGAGCAAAUCUAAAGCAGAACUCAUGGAAAUCAGUGAAGAUAAAACUAAAAUCAGAAGAUCUCCAAACAAACCCCUUCCUGAAGUGACUGAUGAGUAUAAAAAUGAUGUAAAAAACAGAUCUGUUUAUAUUAAAGGCUUCCCAACGGAUGCAACCCUCGAUGAUAUCAAAGAAUGGCUAGAAGAUAAAGGUCAAGUACUAAAUAUCCAGAUGAGAAGAACAUUACACAAAGCAUUUAAGGGAUCAAUAUUUGCUGUGUUUGAUAACAUUGAAUCUGCUAAGAAGUUUGUAGAAACUCCGGGCCAGAAGUAUAAAGACACAGACUUGCUAAUACUUUUUAAGGAAGAUUAUUUUGCAAAGAAAAAUGAAGAAAGAAAGCAAAAUAAAGUGGAAGCUAAAUUAAGAGCUAAACAAGAGCAAGAAGAAAAACAGAAGUUAGCAGAAGAUGCUGAAAUGAAAUCUCUAGAAGAAAAGAUUGGAUGCUUGCUGAAGUUCUCAGGUGACUUAGAUGAUCAGACCUGUAGAGAAGAUUUGCACGUCCUUUUCUCAAAUCAUGGUGAAAUAAAAUGGAUAGACUUUGUCAGAGGAGCAAAAGAGGGAGUAAUUCUAUUUAAAGAAAAAGCCAAGGAAGCACUGGAUAAAGCCAAAGAUGCAAACAAUGGUACCCUACAAUUAAGGAACAAAGAAGUGACGUGGGAAGUACUGGAAGGAGAGGUGGAGAAAGAAGCUUUGAAAAAAAUCAUAGAAGAUCAACAAGAAUCUCUAAACAAAUGGAAAUCAAAAGGUCGCAGAUUUAAAGGGAAAGGAAAAGGAAAUAAAGCUGCCCAGCCUGGAUCUGCUAAAGGAAAAGUACAGUUUCAGGGCAAGAAAACAAAAUUUGAUAGUGAUGAAGAACGUGAUGAAAAUGGUGCAGCUGGACCAGUGAAAAGAGCAAGAGAAGAAACAGACAAAGAAGAACCUGCAUCAAAACAACAGAAAACAGAAAAUGGUGCUGGAGACCAGUAGUUUAGUAACCAAUUUUUUUUUUUUAAUUCAUCUUAGAUUUUAAGCUGCUUUUUGUCUUUGGAGGCUUUUAAAAAGAAAACCGAAUUAGGUCCACUUCAAUGUCCACCUGUAAAAAAGGACAGUUAUUUUGUUGUUGUUUUAACUUGUCUUUUUGUUGUUGUUAUCCACACACAUUUUUUAAAAAAUGUAUAGUUGUGUUCACAUGACUCAAAUAUCAAAAGGAAGAUUCUUCCACUAAAUCGCCUUUGUAAUAUGAGAAUGUAUUAGUAUAAAAUAACAAAAUAUAUACUAUAUAAAAAGAAUUCA